AUGGCGGGGGCCCCGUCCGGGGGUGCUGCUCGGUUCUCUUGUCCCCCCAACUUUGCCGCCACGGCCCCAUCCUCAGAGUCCACUCGUAUCUCGUUGGAGGCGCUGACGGGCCCAGACACAGAACUGUGGCUUAUCCAGGCCCCUGUGGACUUCGUCCCAGACUGCCUCAACGGGCGGCUGGUGCCGCUCUCUGGCUCCCAGGUGGUGAAGGGCAAGGUGGCAGGCAAGCGGCACCGCUACCGGGUCCUCAGCAGCGGCAGCCCCCACGCUGGAGACGCCACCCUGCUGGCCCCCUCAGCAGAGGCCGAAGGCGGCCUCACCUGUGCCCCGGCCCCCAAGGGCAGCCUGAGGAUCUUAGAGGGUCCCCAAGAGUCCUCAUCGGGGAUCCCGCUGCAUCCCAUUCCCACAAGCCCCCCACCACAGAUGCCCCCCGGCCUGAGGCCUCGCUUCUGCGCCUUUGGAGGCAGCCCGCCAGUCACAGGGCCUGGGGCGGCCGUGGCACUGAGGCCGCCGGCCUCGGGGAGGAGGAGAAGGAAGCGCCAUGUGUCUGAGGCCGCCGUUCCUCGGGAGGCGGUGAAUGGGCACGGGGCCCUGGAGGUGGACACGGCUUUGGGGUCCUCAGGGGUGGACGUGGGGAAGAAGAAGAAGAAGCAGCAGCAUCCCAGUGAACUGCAGGCGGUGAAGCCGGAGCCCGUGGCUGAGGGGCUGGAACCCCUGGGAGUGCUGUUCCCGUCCCCCAGCAAGAAGCAGCAGCAGCAGCAGCUUACAGAGACAGACACGGGGGAGCUGGAGCCAGGAGGAAAGACUGUGAAGCUGGAACUCGGGAUUAAAACGGAGCCUCUGCAGGAGCCAGUCCUGACCCCCGCGAAGAAGAGGAAGAGGCGCAAGGGCACAGAAGGGACGGGGGCUAUGGAGGGGGUGGCAGCGGAGUCUCAGCGACAGGUGAAGGAGGAGCCCCAGGAGGAAGCCAUCCCACUGCUGUCCUCCAAGAAGAAGAAGAAGAAAGAAAGGGGGUGCAGGGUGCCGGGGGAGCCCGGGACUGAGGCUGUGGAGCCGGAGGUGAGAACUCGGGAGCUCCCGGGGGAGAGGGUGGAGCCUGAGCUGCCACACGGUGAGACUGAGCCACAGGCCGAGGCAGCCCUGGCAUCCACCAAAAAGAGGAAGAAAAAGGAAAAAUGGCAACACCCGAUGGUGGAGCCAAAGACAGAGGUGGUGGAGCCCCAGGAGGAGGUGCCGGUGCCGGCACUGCCAGGCGACCUUGAGCCUCAGGCAGCUCUGGCAUCGCCCAAGAAGAAGAAGAGAGAGAGAGGGCACAGAGUGGCAGAGCCAGGGGCUGAGGCCGCUGGCCCACAAGGUGAGAUGGCGGAGCCCGAGGCCAGGCCGGAUCCAGGGACCUCCACGAAGAGGAGGAAGGGGGGCCAGGAGAGAGGGGGGCCAGAGCCGCCACCCCAGGAGGAGAUGCCAGAGCCGCCACCGAAUCCAGAGUCCGGGGAGGUGGCCCCCACGAGCCGGGCGAAGAAGAGAAAGAAGCUGCAGCAGGAGCCUGCAUAG